CUUCUUAUAAAAUUAUAAGGACAUACCGACCUGUGUCAGCGGCUUCGAAAAAGGAUUGGGCGCGCGGGAGUAAAGGCAGAAACGAAUGUUCCCAACCAUCAAAACCGCCUGAUGCGAAAUCCACAUUCCAAUUUGGUGUGCACUUCAAUUUCACAGAAUUUAUUUGAUCAAAGCUCGUGUGCCGCGUUGCUGUGUCGUAAUUCGUUUACACCGCUGCAACAUUGAUGUGGCCCAAAAUGCGCUUUGCAGCUGCUAUCGUGUUGGCUAUUGUCCUGGCUUUCUGCAGCCAGGUAGAGGCUGGUGUUUGGCCCCGGUCGCGGCCCUAUGUGGUCGGUCACCGCGGCGCGUGCGGGUACCGCCCCGACCACACGAUGGCGUCCUACCAGCUGGCCGUUGACAUGGGCGCCGACUUUAUUGAGUGCGAUGUGGUGCUGACCAAGGACCUGGUGCCCGUGUGCCGCCACGAGCCCCUCCUGUCUGACACCACUGAUGCCGACGCCAAGUUCCCCAGCCUCAUCAAGACGAACACCAUCGACGGGUACAACUACACCGGCGUGUUCGCCAACGACCUGACCCUGGCUGAGCUGAAGACCCUGCGUGCCAGGCAGCCGCUGCCGGAGCGUGACCAGUCCUUCAACGGCCUCUACCCCGUCCCCACCCUGGAGGAGUACAUUGCCCUUGCCAAGGCCGCCCCCCGUACCGUCGGUAUCUACCCCGAGACCAAGCACCCCACGUGGCACGACAGCCUGCCCAUUGUCAAGGCCGCCCAGACCACCAUGUCCGACAUUGUGCUCGACGUCCUGGAGAAGCAUGGCUACAAGGGCCCCGUCAACAGCAAGGCCUGGUCGCGCCAGCCCGCCUUCAUCCAGUCCUUCGAGGUGGGCAACCUCAAGUACCUGUCCCGCAAGACCUGUAUCCCGCUGGUGCAGCUGAUGGACGACUUCACCGCGGCCAUCCCCGACAUGCCCACCAAGACCUACAGCGACCUCAUGACCGACGCAGCGAUGAAGGACAUUGCCACCUACGCCUCGGGUGUGGGCCCCUGGAAGAACACCCUGGUGCGCGCCAAGGCCGGAGCCAACGUGACCGCCAACGGUGCUGGUCUGGAGUCCACCGGCCUUGUGGAGCGCAUCCACAAGUACGGCAUGCAGCUGCACCCCUACACUUUCCGUGACGAGGCGUACCGCCUGACGUACGGCAGCUUCUCCACACCCUGGGACGAGUAUGAGCUGUUCUUUGACAAGAUGGGCAUUGACGGCGCCUUCACCGACUCCGCUGAUACCCUCAAGACCUUCUUCAAUGAGAAGGCCAAGGAGCAGGGCCGCCUGUGGAACACCGGCGCCGUUAUCAACCGCGCCGGCCGCCCCAAGCCGCACAACCCCAAGUGCUAGACGCAUACAUUGAAAGGAGCGGGCACCCGUGACACGAUGGUGUACGACGUACAGACAGCAACCGAUUGCUGCUUUGGCCCAUCAUAAGAGGGGCUGUACAUUGUACCUAGAAAACGGGUGUUCAGGCGUGCCGUCUGCACGCGAUCACAACGCGGCGUGCGUGGAGGCGGAGCAGGAUUGUGGACAUGCAUCCGGCGGCGAUUGAGCACAUUAAGGCAUGGGUUGCUACUUGGGAAGCAUGUGAUGAGUCAGAUCUGUUUAGAACGAUCGAGGGGUGAGUGGGAGCACAUGAUGUGGCGCAUACAUGGUGACGGCAUGUGCCCGGUGACCAGCAAAAACGUUUGCCCCGCCGGCAAGCCACCAGCGAUGGAUAAGUGGGUUUCGGACCACCGCACCCGCCCCUGAACCUUCGCAAGUACCGUACACGGUACCAGCCAACCAGGGCGGUUGGUGUUGGUUUGAUUGGGGACUUUCAGGUCAAGUGUGGCCAAUGCAGGGAUGCCAGAAACAAGGACAUGAAAGAUAGGGAAGCAGUAGGGAAAGCUAGUAGUCCUCCCUGGGGCCUGUGCAAACGCCGUGCCGACAAUUGUGUUGUGCCAAACUCGGCAUGGAGGUCGGGCUGAGAAGCCACGGAGCCCAAUAAGCGCAUGUAAUCCGCCAUGCAC